GCAAGUCACCAAACUCGAUCAAUCCUAUACACCGCGCGCGCGUGUUCCCAUUUUUUGUCUUUGGUUUGGUUUGGUUUUUGGAGACUUUGACCUUUCUCUGGCUUUGGACUUGGGGAGAAAAAGAGAAGAAGACCACCGUCGUUGCUCUCCGAUGGCGAAUAAAGGAAUUGUCGCUGUUUCGCGGAUUUUGGCGGUGGUUUUGUUCUUAUUAACGAUUAAUUACGGCGAAGCUAUAUGGUUGACGAUCCCGGCGGCGGGAGGGACGAAGUGCGUCUCCGAGGAGAUACAGAGCAACGUUGUCGUCUUGGCUGAUUACUAUGUCGUCGAUGAGCAUAACCCUGAAAAUACGCCGGCUGUUUCUUCCAAGGUAACAUCUCCUUAUGGGAACAAUCUUCAUCACCAAGAAAAUGUGACGCAUGGUCAGUUUGCGUUCACAACUCAAGAAACCGGGAACUACUUGGCUUGUUUCUGGAUUGACUCCAGUCAUCCACGACCCAAUCCACUGACCCUUGGAAUCGAUUGGAAGAUUGGUAUCGCAGCCAAAGAUUGGGACUCUGUUGCUAAAAAGGAAAAGAUUGAGGGUGUUGAGCUUCAGUUGAGGAGACUAGACGGAUUAGUGCAGGCGAUCCGUGAGAACAUAAACUAUAUAAAAGGAAGGGAAGCCGAGAUGCGAGAAGUGAGUGAAGCAACCAACUCAAGAGUGGCUUGGUUCAGUAUUUUGUCACUCGGGGUUUGCCUUUUGGUUGCGGGUACACAGAUAUGGUACCUGAAGCGAUAUUUCCACAAGAAGAAACUCAUCUAAAAACUUGGCCUUUGAAGGAUACUUGAUAUAUAUAGUAACAGCAUACAUCUCAACCUGUUUAAGCUUGUAGAGAAUUGUUCAAGAUUAAAGAACUCUUUUUCGCUUAUAUAUACUUCUCUGAGUUUGUGCACAGAUCACCGAGUUUAAUUGAUUUCUGUUGGAGUAGUUAAAAACGG